AUGCCUAACACCAUUACUGGCAGCUGCGUCUGCGAAAAGGUUCGCUACGAACUCACCGGAUCGCCCAUCACCAACAUCAUCUGCCACUGCGAUACCUGCCGGAAAGUCACCGGGUCUGUAUUCAUGGCAAAUAGCGCAUACACGAGAGAGACGUUCUCAAAGUCUAUGACGAUAAGCCCCCCCGAGUCACGAAAUACGAUACAUCGUCACUUCUGCUCUAACUGCGGCUCUCCGGUCUUUACGACCUCCACUGGGACCCCGGGAUAUGAGGACAUGCUCACUGUUACGGCUGGCACUAUGGAUAUUGGGAACAAUUCCUGGAAACCCUCACUCGAGGUUUUCUGCAUGAGACGAAGGGGGUUUCUUAACCCCUUCGAGGGAACGGAUAAACAUGAGAAAAGCCCUGAAACAUUCUGA